AUGGCUGAUCCAAUGUUCAAUAAGCCAGCGCGUACAGAUAUUUUAAUUGGUGCGGAAAUUUUCUUCGAUUUGUUGUCGAUUGGACGAAUUUAUCUUAAUGAAAGGUCGCCAACCCUACAGAAAUCCAUACUAGGGUGGAUAGUUGCAGGCAAAGCAGAAGAAUGUUUAGCGCCUAGUCAUAAAAUAAAUAAUAUGCUGGUCAAUCACAACCAUAAUGAGAAUGAAAACUUGAGUCAAUUGGUUGAAAAAUUCUGGAAAAUAGAACAGAUUUCAACUAAAUCAAAUUUUUUAAUCAAAGAAGAAGAGGAAUGCGAGAAAAUUUUCCAUGAAUCAAUUCGUAGAGAUACAUCUGGCCGAUUUAUUACGAAAAUACCAUUUAAAACAACAGUGAGUGAUUUGGGUGGUUCCUAUAAUGCUGCCAAACGACGGCAGCACUAG